GCUUUUACCAGGGGAUACCAAUGCAGUAGACUUUGAGAAGGGGGGCUGGUUCAUUAUCGUCUCUGUGCUUUACUACACUGUGCUGUGCUUUUACCACAGAGUACCGCAGUAAACUCUUAAAAGCAGAAGGCCUGAUUAAUAAGCUUGCCUCAACCAAGAGUCAUUAGGAACGAGCAGGCUGGGAGAGUGAAAGAAAAUGGAAUUCAAACCACAGGAAGUAAAUUUCAAUAAAUCACCAGAACUUGACAACUUUUGGGAAGGCAAAAGGCCUUUUCUCAGCUGCCUGUCUCCACAGUACACAGCCAGCCGAUGCGAUAGGGAGCAGGGAGAAAGAGGGAGGCAGACCCAGAGAAGAUCCCAAACCAGAACGCCAAUUCUGAGCACAAACUGGAACUACAAACUGGGAUCAUUUUGAAACCGGGCAGCUGAGUCGAGUGGGAUUGUUUUACGGCACAGCUUGAGAAUACAACAAAACAGCACUUCCUGGACCUGCGAUGGAAGCAGUUUGACGGUUAAAUGAUCAUUUGGACUCUCUUUGCACAGCGCAGAUAUAAAACUGCAAACAGCGGGAAAAAAAUGGAUUCGAUUUUAACUCCAGAUGUUGUACCUUUUUUGCGGGCAGUACCCUAGUGUGCAGUGAUAGCGAAACCUUUUUAAAAUACUGGAUUCAGUUAAUAUUACUGUUUUGCGGGUAUUUACCCUGAUUCCAGCUGACUCCAUUAUCCACACUUUCCAGUUAACAAGGGAAUCCCGAGCUCUUUCCGGCGAGGUGCAGCGAGGUCAACGCUUCGUCAGGGUUAGAAAUGGCCAGUUUGGGAUUGGAAGUCGUCCCACGGGACCGCUCGCUCUGACCGGCUGCCCAAAGGACUCCUAUAAACCUCCACUGGCUUGCGUUGUCUUGGGUGUGCUCGGAGAGGCGGAGAGAGAAGUCCCGGGCCGCGGCGCAGAGCCGGAGAGGCAGGGAGAGCGAGAUGUUCACAGAGCUGGCACUGCAGCUGCCCCUGCCCCACAGCACUGCCCUCCACCUGGACAAGGCGUCCAUCGUGAGACUGACCCUGAGCUACCUGCGACUGCGAGCCCUGCUGGACACAGCAGGUGCAGGUGACCGCAAGGCGGACAGUGAGGACAGAGACACAGUCCUGGGGGCGUCGAUAGAGGGGUUCCUGCUGCUCAUCUCCCAGAGCGGCCACAUCGUGUACACCUCCGAGGCCGUGGCCAGCCACGUGGGCAUCCACCAGAUGGAGCUUAUCGGGCAGAGUGUUUUUGAGUUCAUCCACCCCUGUGACCAGGACGAAAUGAACGAGGCUCUGAACUCUAAGCAAGAGCCCUCAGUGGUGGGGAGAAGGCGGGACUGUGACUUCUUCCUGAGAAUGAAGUGCACUCUGACCAAUCAGGGCCGCACUGUCAACCUCAAAUCAGCUUCCUGGAAAGUCCUGCACUGCACAGGCCACUUGAAGCUGCCCUGCCCCUCACAGACCCCCUACGGGACCCCCAAGGGCUGCCUGGUCCUGCUUUGUGAGCCCGUGCCGGUCCCCAGCAGCAGUGACUGCAGCCUGAACCCCAACACCUUCCUGACUCGACACAGCAUGGACAUGAGCUUCACCUACUGCCACCCUAGGGUGAAGGAUUUGCUGGGUUAUGAGGAAGGUGAGCUGCUGGGACGCUCAGUGUAUGAGUUCUGCCACGCUGUGGACACGGACCACGUCAGGAGGACUCACCACAGCCUGCUCAGUAAAGGCCAGUCCUCCACCGGUCUCUACCGUCUCCUGGCCAAAAGGGGCGGCUACGUGUGGGUGCAGACCGACGCAGCGGUCAUCUACGACAGCCGGAGCGGUCAGCCACAGAGCGUGAUCUGUGUCAACUACAUCCUGAGUGGUCUGGAGGAAUCGGAGGUGAUUUUCUCAUUGGAGCAGACAGAGUCUCUUCUCAAGCCCCGCCCCUCCGUCGCCACGGCAACACCCGACGACGCCCACCUGCUCUUCACCGAGCUGUGGGAGGAGCCCGAUGAGCUGGCACGACUGGCACCCGAGCCUGGCGAUGACAUCAUAGCGCUGGACUUCGAGAGCAGCGACAGGGAGUUGGAGCAGUUUGAUGUCCUCCCGGUCUACUGGGCUCCCCUGGGGUACGGGGCAGAGCGCUGUGGGACACAGACCCCCUCCCCAACCCCCUUCAGGGGGUACCCCAACCAGGGGUCCUGCGAGACAUCAACAGAAAGCUGCGAGGUCACUUCCUUUUCUGAUUCCGAACCCCCAGAGGAGAACCCACACAGCCAGCCGGUCCUGCUGAUAGAACCCAUGUUUGAGCCGAGGGAGCAGAACCAGGAUAAGAGCCAGGAGGACUUGAGUAAGCUGGACUUGGAGACCCUGGCUCCAUAUAUCCCUAUGGACGAUGAAGACUUCCAGCUGACCCCCAUCAAUGAGGGGGCAGAGGAGUGGGGUUCGGGGCAGGGGGAGGUGGGGGAGGCCAGCUGCUUCACUCUCCCCUCCCUGGAGCUGAGAGAAGAGCGGUACACAGCCCCCACCUUUCAGGGGACCAACCUACCCAAACACCCCAGUUUCGGGAGCCCCCUCUGCCCCCAGGUUCCCCCCAGAAGUCAGCAGCGAGGGGUGCUGUGGCCCUCUGACCCCCCUUUCAGCAGGGCCAUCAAUGGGACCCCCCAGCGCCCAAACUGGCUUCAGCAGACCCCCUGUUCUGCAAGGACCUCUACAAAUAUCACACUACAAGAAACCAGGAACACAUUGGAGGAGUACUUCCAUGGAAACAGUUGUCGGGUGAACGGAACGCUCAGCCUUAGCAACAGCCUGAAGAGGAGACCGCAGACUUCUGUGUCCCAGUCCAGCCAGUCGAACACAGAGUGCACGUGUGAACAUCUGGGGGAACCAAUCCACUGGAAGAGAAUCAAACUCCCUCUGAGGACCAAUCAAAACACCGCCUGCAUUCCACAGACGGAGGGAGACGCCUGCUGGUGGAGCUCAGGUCAGACCCCUUGUCAUUGGCAGACAGAUCAGAGAGGCACCGUGCCCUGGGGGCCGUGGGCAGGAGCAGCUACAGCGGGCACGGCUGACCACUGCAGUGCCACCCAGCCACCAGACCCCACUCCCUGGAAACCAGAGCUGUCCUCCUGUCUGCUGUCCAGUCCUGCUGACCGCUCUGUGCUGCCGGUGCUGACCCGCUGGGAGUGCGAGGUCAACGCCCCUCUGACCGCUGCGUCCCGCCUGCUUCACGGGUCCGAGAUCCUCAGAGUGCUGGACCAGCUGUGUCCAGACUGACCACCGAGACGGCGUGAAUCACCACGGCAGCGUCAGGACCACCAAACAAUACCACUGGACGUGCUGGAAGACCGAGCAACACUUCUUCCAAAAUAAUAAGCAGUAUACGUGUUUAGCAUCAUGUAGUAUUUCAAUCCUAUAGUAUAUCGGUGUGCCGGGGCUAAGAGUGCAGUCUUACCUUAUAAAAGUUUACAAUGGUAAAUGUGCAUGGUAAUUCUGCAGUUUUCCCCAAUGCAUUUACCACACUUUAACAUUGUUUACCAUUGUAUGCUUUACUAUACCUCUCUAGGCUUUACCAUGAUUUCACUAUGCCUCAUCCAUUGUGCUUUUGCUAUGGUGGACUUGAAGCAUGGAGAUUCCUAACUGCCAGCCCCACCUCCUCUCUGUUCUGUAUGCACGUGGUGUAGGUGGGGUUGGGAGAGUUAAACGCUCACAUGGUCAUAUGAAUUGAAAUGAGAAAGGAUGUUCAGUCCUGGCAGUUAGGAUUCUCCAGACCAGAUCAAAGCAGCUCUAAGGCAGGUACAGGCAGGGUUAGAGAAAAAUGAUAAGAGAUUAAUAAUGGAGCAACAGAACUCAGAAUUAGGACCACAAGAGAAUAGUAGGGAAAUAUAUUUAAAAAAAAAUUAAAAAAGAAGCAUUUAAAAUGAAGCUAAUUACUAUCUAAUCUCUUAUUACAAUUACUGUAGGCUGUGUGAUUUCACUAUAGAUUUGAUUAUAGAAGACAUACACUACACAACUCUAUACAGUAUACUGUAGGAACGCUUUUAAGGCACAGCAUACAAUAUUAUCAUGAUAUUACACUCCUCCGGUAAAGCAGUGUGCACGUUUAUUAGAACACCCCAUUGCUUCUGUAUUAGAACACCCCAUUGCUUCUGUAUUAGAACACCCCAUUGCUUCUGUAUUAGAACACCCCAUUGCUUCUGUAUUAGAACACCCCAUUGCUUCUGUAUUAGAACACCCCAUUGCUUCUGUAUCAGAACACCCCAUUGCUUCUGUAUUAGAACACCCCAUUGCUUCUGUAUCAGAACACCCCAUUGCUUCUGUAUCAGAGCACCCCAUUGCUUCUGUAUUAGAACACCCCAUUGCUUCUGUAUCAGACCACCUCAUUGCUUCUGUAUUAGAACACCCCAUUGCUUCUGUAUUAGAACACCCCAUUGCUUCUGUAUUAGAACACCCCAUUGCUUCUGUAUCAGAACACCCCAUUACUUCUGUAUCAGAACACCCCAUUGCUUCUGUAUCAGAACACCCCAUUGCUUCUGUAUCAGACCACCCCAUUGCUUCUGUAUUAGAACACCCCUUUCCUUCUGUAUUAGAACACCCCAUUGCUUCUGUAUCAGAGCACCCCAUUGCUUCUGUAUCAGACCACCCCAUUGCUUCUGUAUUAGAACACCCCAUUGCUUCUGUAUCAGAACACCCCAUUACUUCUGUAUCAGAACACCCCAUUGCUUCUGUAUCAGACCACCCCAUUGCUUCUGUAUUAGAACACCCCUUUCCUUCUGUAUUAGAACACCCCAUUGCUUCUGUAUCAGAGCACCCCAUUGCUUCUGUAUUAGAACACCCCAUUGCUUAUGUAUUAGAACACCCCAUUGCUUCUGUAUUAGAACACCCCACUGCUUCUGUGCUUAUGAAAUCAAACCACUGGAACUGAACAGCUUGGGAAAUUGUCAAAAUAGGCAAAUUAGUAAUUGUCUAAUUUAAUUGAUGACUUUAAUAAGCCACACAUGCAAUUCAUUUAAAAUAGGAACACACAGCCACACAUGGUAAAAUGCAGGAUAAUUUUUAGAAGUUGUUCAAGAUGACUAAUUAAAGCACAAAGUGGUCUGACA